CAAGACGUUACAAUGAAAUUCGGAAUAUUCGCCGGUUGUUAUCUCGUGUGUGUAACUCUGUCCCUUGCCCAGGAAUACAAUGAUUAUUCCUCGUUCAUCAGUGCAAAUGCCACGCUGGCUGUUGUUGUCGACCAGGAUUAUAUGCAACAACAAAAUGUCAAUAUAUUAUCGCAUUUUCAAAAGAUUCUGAGCGAUACGAUACGUGAAAAUCUCAAAAAUGGUGGUCUAAAUGUGAAAUAUUUUUCAUGGAGUGGUAUUCGUUUGAAAAAGGAUUUCUUAGCUGCUAUGACCGUAAUGGAUUGUGAGAAUACCAUGAAAUUUUUCAAAUCCACCAGAGCGAAUUCAGUACUCCUAAUAGCUAUAACAGAUGCUGAUUGUCCUCGAUUACCGCUCGACCAGGCAUUAAUGAUACCACUGGUGGGGCGUGGUGAGGAAUUUCCUCAAAUGAUAUUGGAUGCCAAGGUGCAGAAUAUAUUACCAUGGAAAACUGCUGUUGUGAUCAUGGAUGAAAAUCUGGUCAAUGAAAAUACCAAAUUGGUCGAGUCCGUGGUUCAUGAGAGUACCAAGAAUAAUGUUGUACCCAUUUCUCUGUAUUUGUAUAGCAUCAAUGAACGUCUGCGUUCUCAGCGGAAACGUCAAGCAAUUCGGGAAGCUCUCUUGCCAUUUCAACGACACCCACGAGAAUCGAAUCAAUUUAUUGUGUUCUCUAAAUUCUAUGAGGACAUAAUAGAGACGGCCGAUAAUAUGGAUAUGUAUCAUGUUAACAAUCAAUGGUUGUUUUUCGUUUUGGAAGAAAAUACGGAAAAUUUCGACGCAAUGGCUGUGACGCAAAAUUUAGCAGAAGGUGCCAACAUAGCUUUUGUUCUCAACGAAACAUUGCCCAGUUGUGAGACUUCAUUGAAUUGCACCCUGCAAGAAAUUUCCAUGGCAUUUGUCUUAUCAAUUUCAAAGUUGAUUGCAGAAGAACAAUCCAUUUAUGGUGAAAUAUCUGAUGAAGAAUGGGAAGCAUUGCGUUACACGAAAAAGGAGAAACAGGAUGAUAUUUUACAAACUAUGAAGGAAUAUUUGAAAAAUCACAGCCGAUGUUCAACUUGUUCCAAAUGGCGUCUAACUACAGCUCUGUCGUGGGGUAAAUCCCAGGAGCACAACAAACCACGAAGAGGUCUUUCGGAAAAUCGUAAUAAAUACUUUGAAUUCGUCAAUAUUGGUUAUUGGACUUCAGUGCUGGGAUUUGUGACACAUGAACUGGCAUUUCCACACGUCAAACAUAAUUUUCGAAAUAUAACACUGGAUAUUAUAACAAUGCAUCGACCACCAUGGCAAAUUUUGAAAAAAGACCAACGGGGUGAAAUUAUCCAACAUUCGGGAAUUGUUAUGGAAAUACUUAAGGAGUUAUCACGUAUGCUUAAUUUUAGUUACAUUCUGCAUGAUGCUUCAUCGCUCGAUGCCAAUGAGGAUAUGGUAAAUCUAAAUGACACGGAUCAACUAUUGGGUUCUUUAACGUACAUUAUACCCUAUCAAGUUGCAGAAAUGUUACAAGCUAAUAAGUUUUUCAUAGCAGCUUUAGCGGCAACAGUCGAUGAUCCGGACAAGAAGCCUUUCAAUUAUACCAUACCCAUAAGCAUACAAAAAUACUCGUUCAUCUCAAGAAGGCCUGACGAAGUUAGCCGUAUAUAUUUAUUCACCGCGCCAUUCACGUUAGAGACAUGGGCCUCAUUGGUGGGCGUAAUAGUCAUCACUUCGCCGGUACUCUUCAUCAUAAAUCGUUUUGUACCAGUUGAGCAUUUGAAAGUCAAAGGGUUUGCAACGAUUAAAAACUGUUUCUGGUAUAUUUAUGGUGCCCUCUUGCAACAGGGUGGCAUGUAUUUACCCCAGGCGGAUAGUGGACGUUUGGUAAUUGGUUUUUGGUGGAUUGUGGUAAUUGUUAUUGUCACCACAUAUUGCGGAAAUUUGGUAGCGUUCCUGACAUUUCCAAAAUUCCAACCAGGCCUGGAUUAUUUCUUUCAACUUUACAAUCACAAGGAAUACGAACAGUUUGGUUUACGAAAUGGAACAUAUUUUGAGAAAUAUGCAGCGACAUCAACACGAAAUGAAUUUACGAAAUAUUUGGAAAAAGCAACAAUUUACAACAAUCUACGAGAAGAGAAUAUUGAAGCUGUUAAGCGUGGCGAACGUGUCAACAUUGACUGGCGCAUAAACCUUCAAUUGAUCAUACAGAAACAUUUCGAAAAGGACAAAGAGUUUAAAUUUGCUCUGGGUAAAGAGAAUUUCCUCGAUGAACAAAUAUCAAUGCUAAUGCCCAGCAAUAGCCCGUAUCUGAUAUUGUUGAACGAACAAAUUACACGACUUAAUCAAAUGGGUUUCAUCGAGAGAUGGCAUCAAACGAAUUUGCCAUCAAUGGACAAGUGUAAUGGACGUGGUGUAAUGCGUCAAAUAACAAACCAUAAAGUCAAUUUGGAUGAUAUGCAAGGAUGUUUUUUGGUUUUACUUUUAGGGUCCCUUGGUGCCCUCUUCGUAAUGCUUCUGGAAUUUUUACAUCGACGUUGGCAACUAAAAUAUGCUGAUAAAACAAAGCAAACAAUUUUCUCAAAUUAGCUUUAUGAUUAUUAAAUAAAAUCAUGACCACUGCUAC